GAGACAGCAAGAUUUUUUUCCAGAAAAAAUUUGCCCACCCUUAAGGACAAAGUGCACCUAGAGGAACGAGAAGAGAGAUUCACAGGUAGGGAAACUGAGGAAAUUGAUCUCUGAAAUAAUCUGACAAUCAAUGAAAAGGCUGUCUACCAAGGGAACACCCCUUCAGUAGUCUAGCUGCCAAAAGGGAGAGAUGAUCUCCAUCCUGGGAUAAACCCAGCAGUUUUAAGAUACUGACAGUCCCAAAUAGAUUGUUUUAAUACUCAAGAUCCUGAUACCAUCUGCAAACUCUUCGUCCUCAAAUUAUUUCUUCAAGAAGCUCUUAGAAUAAAUAGCUGACAACAACGCUCUGAGGAUGGGUCUCUGAGAAGGAGUGUGAAGGGCAGCACCCCAGAAAUCGGCACUGAAGAUAAUCCACCUGCCUUCAGAAAAUCUUCCAGAGUGAAUACUUCUGCUUCUGGCAUCAUGGCCUCUGACCUGGAAAGCAGCCUCACUUCCAUAGACUGGCUCCCACAGCUUACUUUAAGGGCUACAAUUGAAAAAUUAGGUGGUUCUUCACAAGCAGGACCUCCAGGGACUGCCCGAAAGUGUCCCCCAGGCUCACCAACAGAUCCCAAUGCCACCCUGAGUAAGGAUGAGGCUGCAGUGCACCAAGAUGGAAAGCCACGUUAUAGCUAUGCCACUUUGAUCACAUAUGCCAUCAACUCAUCACCUGCCAAGAAGAUGACACUCAGCGAGAUCUACCGUUGGAUCUGUGACAACUUUCCCUACUACAAAAAUGCUGGUAUUGGUUGGAAGAACUCUAUUCGUCAUAACCUCUCUCUGAAUAAAUGUUUUCGGAAGGUGCCUCGACCUAGAGAUGAUCCUGGGAAGGGCUCUUAUUGGACAAUAGAUACAUGUCCAGAUAUAUCUCGCAAGAGGCGGCAUCCUCCAGAUGAUGAUAUACCACAAGAUUCCCCAGAGCAAGAGGCAAGUAAAAGCCCCCGAGGGGCUGUUCCAGUCAGCACAGAAGCCUCUUUGCCACCUGAGGCCACCCCUCAGCUGUCACUCCAGAGCACCACCCCCAUUGCCAACUACAGUCAGCAGGGUGCAGGGCCUGUGGAUGUUGCUUCUACUGUAGCAGGGGGACAGGGUCGUGAAGGGGCUGAUGUGCCACCCCCGCUGUACAGUGCCAACCAUGACUUCAAGUUUUCCUACUCUGAGAUCAACUUCCAGGAUCUUAGUUGGUCCUUCCGAAACCUCUACAAAUCCAUGCUGGAGAAAUCAUCUUCCUCUCAGCACGGUUUCUCUUCUCUCCUUGGUGACAUGCAGCCCUCCAACCACAACUACUACAUGUACCAGCAGCAGCAGCAAGGCCCCUCAUCAGUGGGUGCUGCUCCCCCACUCCACACUCCAACCCCAGAGGGUUGCCCAUCCCAAGGUGGGAAGCAGCAGGGUAGUGAAGGUUAUGGCCCUCCACCAGUGAUGUCCAUGCACCCACCUCCAAUGCAGCAUGGAGGCUACCACCAGCAUCAGCAACAUCACCCACACUCCCACCCACAGCAGCAGCCACCACAUCAGCACCAGCAGCAGCAGCAGCAGUCACAGGCUUCAAUCAACAGUGCUGGCUUUGCCUUUCCCCCUGAUUGGUGCUCCAACAUCGAUUCCCUGAAGGAAAGCUUCAAGAUGGUAAACCGGCUGAACUGGUCUAGCAUUGAACACUCCCAAUUCUCAGAGCUGAUGGAGAGUCUGCGCCAGGCUGAACGGAAGAACUGGACGCUGGAUCAACACCACAUUGCCAGCCUCUGUGACUCCCUUAAUCACUUCCUUACCCAGACUGGUCAGCUCCCUCAUCUGGUUGGCCCACAGCAGCCCCCUCGAAUCUCUGAAUCUUGUGCCCUGAAUAGUGGCAAACAGGAGCAAUCUAUGAACCAAGUUAACUCCUAUGGUCAGCCCCAGCCUCCCCAUCUCUUCUCUGGGCCAUCUCCUAUGUACCAGAUUUCCACCCAGGACUCUCCAGGAUAUAAUCGCCCAGCUCACCAUCUGGUCCCUCGGCCUCCAGGGCCUCCUCCAGGCGCCAAUGAGGAAAUCCCCGAUGAUUUCGACUGGGACUUGAUCACCUAGCGAGUUACAGACUUGAUCACUCGUCCUGUGUGAAGGAUGUGGGAGGCAAGGGGGACAUGGGGUGAAUGGUGCCAGCACCGCCUUCCCCAGCCUCCCUGCCUUGCCUGUAUAUAGAUAUAUAUUCUCUAUCUCCGCCAGAGAAGCCACCGCAAGAUGCUGCCGAAGAUAAUCCUUCCUUGCAUCCUGUUUUAUCUUCUUUUUCUUCUUUUGUUUAUUAUUAUUAUUGUUGUUAUUAUUAUUAUUACCAAUAAUUGAGCACAGCCCUCCCUCUCCUCUGGUGGCCUCGGAUGCAUCAGAUCGGCUCUUUCGUGUUGCAUGGUGCUCUGUGGAGGGCAGAAAGAUGGGUCCUUGGUGCCAUGAAAAGACCUUGGAAGGCUGAAUCCUCAAGUGCAUCUUCCUCUGCCUCUGUCAUUUUGCGUUUAACAAUCCCUCUUUCCCUUCAGGGUGGCCAGUGAAUCUGUCGUAUUGGCUACUGGAGUGAGAGAGCCUGGUGGACCCUGAGAGCCUGUAGUUCUGUUGUUUCGUAAAUGUUGAAAAGGUCAGGAGGCUAAAGGGACACUGGAGAGGUGAUCUUAGCUCUGUGAACUUUCUCACACCAACAGGAAAAGCAAGAAAAGAAGUAGAGUUCCCAAGUACAAAGAGAGGGUAAUCCCUGAGGUAGGGAGAGCUGAGUUGGGUGGGUAGACUUGGAGUUUGGAGAAGGGAGAAUGUAGCAGAGAUGGUAUUUCAGCAGAGUAGUGUAGUUGCAGAAUGCAGUUCAUCUGCGAGGGCUGAGAGAGAUUUUGAGGGAAUCCUGACCUAUUUUCUACACUGCCUUUUACAGUCUCUGGGUGAAGCCUACAUCCCCAUCAGGGAAAAGAAGCAGUCAGAGGUGUCACAUGUGAUUCAGCAAAUCCUAUUCCCCAGAGCUUUUCAUUUCACCCCCCAACCCUUCAAGCCCUUCAGAAUAUGUAGUGAGGCUUUUUACUUGUAUAUGCAAAUUUGGAAGUUUUCUCCUCAUCGGUAUUUGUUCCGUUGGUGUUUGGCCCCUUGCCCUUCAGUAGUUCUUUGGAGACUGUCCUUGUCUGUGGUUUGAGAGUGCCAGCAACAGGAAUUGUGUUGCGUAGGUUCAGAUUCUCAGUCAGUGGUUCUAUUUUGUGCAUGGUGGGAUAAUGGUGGGAAGACAAAAAGGCUCAAAGUGGAGGUCAAUUAGAGGAUGUCUGGUCAAGGGGCUGGACCCUCUGCUCGAGUAACUAGGAGGCCCUCACAAGUGCUUUUUAUAAGAGGUGCAUUAGAAGAGAGAGGAUGAAGUGUGGCGGAGUUUUAAACCAAGCAGCCAAAGAGUGUAGUAUAAAAGGGAGGACGGUGGGUCAGACCCCUUGCAGUUCAGCCAGGGAAGUGAUAGAAUCUUAAUGUAAAGCCUGAAGGACGAGUUUUGUCAGCAUGUGCAAAUCAGGAAGGUGGAAAAGGUGCAGGAGCAGGAGUGAGUGUUGAGAUGCCUCCUCCCCGAAGCAGUGUCCUGUGUUCACCUUUUUUCUGGUAUAGCUCUGUUCAGUCAAACCUCUUGUUUAUUCUUAGUAUUUUGUAAAGCCUCCCCAUAGCCCUUAUUCCCUGUUUGUCAGUGAAAGGAACCAAGAUGAAGAUACCGUGGCUUCUUGACAGACCUGGGGCAGGGGAGUAAUAACCUCUACUCUCACUGCAGGAAGGUGGGGAACUAGCAUUGCUUUUGAAAUUUGCUGUGGGGAUAAACCAAUUGGAUCUUUAUUGAGAAAGUGGACAGAAUCUUGUAUUGGGGGAGGGGGGGUGGGGACAUUUUUGUUUCUUCUUUUUUUUUUUUUUCUUUCUUUUAAGUGUGUGUUUGCGGGGGGUGAGUUCCUCAUUGGGUGUUUCUGAGAGAAAUGAGGAAUCCCAGAGCCAACUUCAACAUGGAGUCAGCUGUCAUCUCUACUGCCUCAGGAUGGGAAUGAUUAAACUUGGAAGCGUGUGUGAUGGGUUUAUAUGGAAAGUGGCACCUGAGACAACCAUGAGAGAACAGCUCUGGUAGGUGCCAGUUGGUGCUUUGCAAAGAAUGUUACUGAGAGCCAGCCCUGUGAAAGUCUGAAAACACCACUGGAAGAAAAAACAACCAAGAUGGCUCCAUCUGCUUACCCAAGUGCUCAUCAUUUGCAUAUUUGCCUCAUUUGCAUAUUAAGUUGCGCCUCAUUUGCAUAUGUAAAUACAUGCCGGUCAGUGUGCAAAUUAGCCUUGUUCCUCUGCCCCUGAAAUAAACGUGUGGUGUUAGUGCGUGGGACGGCACUGGGUGGGCGUGCGGAGCUCUGCAGGGUGCCUGCAGGGAGGGGUGGGAUGCUGUGUCACCACCAGGGGCUCUGGCAGGCCCCUCCAGCAUGGUGUGGUCCCCCCGUGCUUUUUGUCAGUGGUCAGGGAGAGAGGGGCGUGGUCUCACGAGUUUAUUUUUGUGCAUGCUUUCUUAAUAAAAAGGAAAAGUGAAUGUUUAUGGUUUAA